GCCUUGUUUGAUAACAUUGAUGCUGAGCGGCCGAACAGAGGCGAGGGCGGUGGAUUUCAUUGACUGAGCCGCGCUUCGUUCGGAGUCCCUGGAAACUCAAGCUUACAGUUAAAUAUCACUGAUUCGAGGUUUUGGACAGCACAAUCCUCUUUCCUCAGCAUCUUACACUUUUCCAGUGUUUGUGCUGUCAGGGGGAUGUCAGCAGCUUGCCUUGUGCGCCUGGCAAGGUGCAGUGGUCCUCAUGUGGGUCGCAGUAAUCUCUUCCACCCAGCCUUAGCCCCACUUCUGUUCCAGCACAACGCCCACCCUCAGUUCGUAACCUUCCGCAAGCAGCUUCACAGUGCAGAAAAUCUUCACAGCAACACGCGCUUCGAUGCAGACAGCAGUGGUCGUCCCACCACUUGGGAUUCAUUUGGCAUCUGGGACAAUCGUAUUGAUGAGCCGAUCUUGUUGCCGCCCAGCAUCCGUUAUGGCAAGCCUAUUCCCAAAGUCAGCCUAUCAAAGGUAGGCUGUGCCUCGCUCAUCGGGCAACGCAAAGAGAAUGAAGACCGCUUCCGGGUCUCUCAGCUGACGGACAGCAUCCUCUACUUUGCUGUGUUUGAUGGGCAUGGAGGAUCAGAGGCGGCUGACUUCUGUGAAAAGUACCUGGAGAAAUUUAUUAAGGACUUUGUGGCAGAUGAAGACAAUCUGGAAUUAGUUUUAACAAAAACCUUUCUUGAAGUAGACAAAGCUCUGGCAAAGCACUUACACUUCUCUCCAAACGCGAUGAACGCGGGAACCACGGCCACAGUGGCCUUGCUGAGGGACGGCAUCGAGCUGGUGGUCGGCAGCGUGGGUGACAGUCGCGCCAUGCUGUGCCGCAAGGGCAAGGCCCUGAAGCUCACUGUUGACCAUACUCCUGAGAGGAAGGACGAGAAGGAGAGGAUAAAGAAGAGUGGGGGUUUUAUCACCUGGAACAGUCUGGGACAGCCAAACGUCAACGGCAGGCUGGCUAUGACGCGCAGCAUCGGAGACUUCGACCUGAAGAAGAUGGGGGUCAUCGCUGAGCCCGAGACAAAGAGGAUCAUGCUGCACCACUCCCACGACUCCUUCCUGGCGCUGACGACAGACGGCGUGAACUUCAUCAUGAACAGCCAGGAGAUCUGCAAUGUCAUCAACCAGUGCCACGACCCCAAAGAGGCGGCGCAGAGAAUAUCUGACCAGGCUCUUCAGUACGGCUCUGAGGACAACAGCACAAUCAUCGUGGUGCCGUUUGGUGCUUGGGGGAAACACGAGAAUUCAGACCCAAGCUUCUCCUUCAGCAGGAGCUUUGUGUCCAGUGGACGCUGGGCGUAGACGGCACGCCGCUGGAGGAGGAGGAGGAGGAGGAGGAAGAGGAGCGGUCUGUGGACCCGCUCAAUGUGUGCAAUACAGUUGGUGCCCUGGAGAGAAAGACACGGAGGAUGGCUGCAAUGUUAUUUCCAGUUUUAUGGUGUUUGUUAGCCCCUGUGGUGUAAAGAGCAGUGAAUUCAUGCACUUGGAAAAAAAACAAAAAAAAACUCGUCACAAAUAGUUCAAUCGGUUCGCACCUCAUAAACACUGAGGG